AAAUGUCAAAUGUUCAUCAAAACAAUUUCAACAUAAACGGAUGUUUGUCUUUAACAACAACGACAACAACAAUGCUUCCUAUUCUUUUAACACAGAUAAUUGUAUUGAAACGGAUAUGGUAUUGUGUCCAUCAUCAUCAUCAUCAUCAUCAUUAUCAUCAUUAACACCAUUAUUGUCCUCUUUUUCUUCAGCAUACAUUUCCGCUUCCCAACGUAAUUCAUUAAUAUCAUUAUCGACAAUAAUGGCACUAUGUAUAUCACUGAUGAUGAUGAUGAUGAUCACUGUACAACCGACACAUUGUGUAUCGAUUACACCAUCAUCAUCAUCAUCAUCGAUACAACCAACAUCAUCAAAAUUGCCAUUAUCAUCAUCAACCGAUGAUGUUUCGAUUUCAAUGUUGGCCAAACGUAGUAUCGAUAAUCAACAACAACCUGGUUGGACAUUGAUGGCACAACCAUUGAUCAUUGGUAAUAGACCAUUGGAAGCAUGUCAACAGAUCAUAUCGGCCAUAUUGACACGUGAUCUUGCUAGUAAAGGUUUUGAUUCAUUACAUAAAUCAUCAUAUGCUGAACGUUUGGAUUCAUUCUGGAAAGAUCUAAAAGGAAUACGUUAUAAAAAACAGAAUGGUAAAAUUGUUCAAAUUGGUAGCCGAAGAAAUCGUAAUUCAAUGAAUUCCGAUAAAAAUAAUCGUGUUAAUAAACGUAUGAUCCUGUUGUUGAUGAAUCUAUCCGUUGCUAAACCAUUGUUGGAAAAGAUUCAAUCAAAAGAACAAUUAAAACGUUUGGAAAAUGCAUUAAAAAUGUCUGGAAAUAAUCAACAUAUGGAACAACAACAGCAACAAGAGAAUAAGAAAUUGAAAUCAACAACAACAUCAACAUCGUCAUUAUAUGAUUAUCGUAAUCAUUUACAACAAUCAUCCCUGUCACCGUUUGAUGUUGAUCAACUAAAAUUAUUCAAAACAGAUUCGAAUGACAAUCUAGAUCUAUUAUCACAACAAUCAUCCGCGUCGAUGAAAACGAGUCGAAAUAGUGAUGAUGAAGAUUCAUCAUUAUCAUCAUCACAUUCAAUCAUGGCCAAUAAACAAUCACCACGAUCGAUUGAAGAUAAUGAUAAUCAAUCGGAUUUUAUGCCUGCAUCAUUGUUUGGCAAUGAUGGAGCCAAUCUAUUCACUCUUUCACCACAAUUAUUUCCAACAAGUACGGCCGCAAUGACGACAUCGGCAACAAUGAAAGUAAUCGAACCUAUUGCAACAAAAAUCAAUCGACAAAAACAUCAUGCGAUAACAACAACAACAACCGGAACGGGUCAUACGGUUGCUAGUAAAUCAUCAUCAUCACGGUUAAUUGAAACCGAUCGUCCUGUAUUGGAAACACCACGUUCGAAAAAAUUACUAUCACAAAAAAUAAUAUUAGGCGCAAUUCCUUGGGAUAAAGAAGGUAUCCGUUUUAAAAGAGAUAUCCACAACACUGGUAGUCAUUUUUUUCAAUCACAUUUGAAUCAUCAAAUUUAAAAUAUUAAUGUCCAACCAAAUAUUUACAUAAUGAAUUUAUUAUACAGUGCAACCGGUAUCCGUUAUAAAAAAUCACCAUUCGAUGACGAAGGAAUCCGUUAUAAGAAAUCACCAUUCGAUGAUGAAGGUAUCCGUUAUAAAAAAUC